GAGAGAGAGAGAGAGAGAGCUUGUUGCUCUCUGAUGGCUGGAGCUGCAGGUGAUGAGGGAUGAGCUGUUGCUUUCGCGCCGUUUCUCUUCACCCGUGCGCGCGUUAACGGCAAACCUCGCACGCGGCUCUUUCGGUUCGAUCCUUCAUCUCAAUGAGUCUCUAUGUGAACAGUUUGAGCAAAGUGACAUUACUUCCCGCGCGUCAUGUCUCACUCUGAGCGAUGGGCAAGUUCGACGAGCACGAGAGGAUAAUCCUCAAUGUCGGGGGCACGAGGCACGAAACGUAUCGGACCACGCUGAAGACCCUGCCCGGCACGCGCCUGGCCCUGCUCGCCUCCGAGUCGGACCUCGAGUCCGUCCUGGACCAGCUGCAACAAGUCCCGGGCUUCAUCGAGUACAGCGCGCGCAACAACGAGUACUUCUUCGACCGGCACCCGGGCGUCUUCGCCUACGUGCUCAACUAUUACCGGACCGGCAAGCUGCACUGCCCGGCGGACGUGUGCGGUCCGCUGUUCGAGGAGGAGCUCUCCUUCUGGGGCAUCGAUGAGACGGACGUGGAGCCGUGCUGCUGGAUGACCUACCGACAGCACCGCGAUGCCGAGGAGGCGCUGGACGUGUUCGAGAUGAACGUGGACAACGACGACGACGACGAGAACCUAAAGAGGCUGGGCAUCGAGGACGCGCUCUACGCCGACGGUACCGUCAGCCGCUGGAGAAGGUGGCAGCCGGUGAUCUGGAACCUGUUCGAGGACCCCUACUCAUCCAGAGCAGCGCGGUUUAUAGCAUUCGCUUCUUUGUUCUUCAUCCUGGUUUCCAUCACAACCUUCUGUCUGGAGACCCACGAGGCCUUCAACACCAUCGUCAACCAUACGGACAGCCUUCGAAACGACAGUUUCACAGAUCUCAGCCAGCACUAUGAGAUCGAAACGGACCCGGCCCUUACCUACGUCGAGGGAGUUUGCGUUCUCUGGUUCACCUUUGAGUUCCUGGUGCGCGUAACGUUCAGUCCGGAUAAGCUGGAGUUUGUCAAGAGCGUACUGAACAUCAUAGACUUUGUGGCCAUUCUGCCGUUUUACCUAGAGGUCGGACUGAGCGGACUUUCCUCCAAAGCGGCAAAAGACGUUUUGGGAUUCUUGCGCGUUGUACGAUUCGUACGGAUUUUGCGAAUCUUUAAGCUGACGCGUCAUUUCGUGGGCCUGCGCGUCCUGGGACACACCCUGCGUGCCAGCAUCAACGAGUUUCUCCUGCUCAUCAUCUUCCUGGCGUUAGGAGUCCUCAUUUUCGCCACCAUGAUCUAUUACGCCGAGCGGAUCGGGGCCAGCCCCAAUGACCCGACGGCCAGCCACCACACCAUGUUCAAGAACAUCCCCAUCGGCUUUUGGUGGGCUGUGGUCACAAUGACCACCUUGGGAUAUGGAGACAUGUACCCGCAGACGUGGUCCGGCAUGGUGGUCGGCGCUCUCUGUGCUCUUGCGGGGGUGUUGACGAUAGCCAUGCCAGUGCCCGUCAUUGUGAAUAACUUUGGCAUGUAUUACUCUUUAGCCAUGGCCAAACAGAAGCUUCCCAAAAAAAGAAAGAAACACAUCCCGCAGGUUGUGCAGACCGGCUCGCCGUCUUACUGCAAAACUGAUCUCAGUACAGCCUGUAACAGCACGCAGGGAGAUCUCUGUCUGGGCCAAAGCGGAGGACUGGAGCGCCAUCGCUCAGUGUUGUCUGCAGACUGCAGUGCAGGAAGUGACAUCACCACGUCUCCAGAAGAGAGGAUACCCAUGCGGCACUCCAGCGUCCGCGAGCAGGACCGUCAUACUGAAGGAACGUGUUUUCUGUUAGCUGCCAGCGAUUAUACUUGCACAGCAGACGUAGCCAUUCGUAAAACAGCUACUGUAUCACCUCUGGCUGAUGUAAAGUUUAUAUCGGCCAGAGACGGGGAAGGCGGGGCCAGCAGAGACUCAGAUGGAUUUGAUGAAUUGGAUUGGACAGUCUGGAAUAGAAUAAGCCUGUGAUUGGACACAGAAAGCGGACACUAUGAACGGAGGAUAUCCCAUCUGAACGGACGGCUCACGCUUUUGGAUUUUCCCGUUUAAUUCGAUGCGGGAAAACAGAAACCUGACGGCUAAAAAAUUCUCACGUGGAUAGUGAGGCGCUCUCCGCUUAAAACAUAUUUGAAGUCAGCUGUCCAUUUAAAUGUUGCAUCUGUAUAAAAUCACAUGUACCGCCUGUGGCUUCACCUCUGUGUCAGGUAGCAAAUCAUACACACUUGAACCCCUUCCAUAGCCUCUUUCAUUGCAAUAAGUGUAUUAAGGUGUGUAGAGGCACAAGUGUUUUAAAAUGAAGUAUUAGUGUAUGAAGUAUACUAAAGAGUAGAGAGAAAGUAAACAUGCUAAGUUGAAUAAAUGUCACUUUCAGUCAUAUAUGCUUUAAUUUCCUUUAGUACCUCUGGAGGAUUUGUUGUGGUCUCUCUGUGCCUGUGUGUGUCUGUGUUGAAGAUGUUGAUUAGAAAUGGUUCACUUUAAGACCCCAUGAAAUGUUUUAGCAAGCACACUUUUUUCCUGUUUUAACCGUCCUAUUGAAACAGGACAUUGAGGCGGGGCAUUUUUUCUAGGUCUUGUUCUAGAGGAAAUAUUAUUGGUUUAAAGUUUUAUAUUAGAUAAUUAUAUACAGUAUUGUGGACAGGGUGAUGUCAUCAAUAUUGAUGAAUUGUUUUUUUGGAUGAGAUUAAUUGUACAUUUUAAAGGUGAAGUGUGAUAUCUCCUGAACGCUCCCUGUCUUCCAUUGGUUGGACAAACUGAUUGGUUCCUGAGUCCAUUAUGUUGCAUUGGGUUAAACGGGAUCUUUAAACAAACAAACAAACAGUGCUAUUUAUGUUUCAGAUGGCUCAAUUAGUUGUCUCUGCAUUUUAAGCUGGGAAAAAAACACACGCUUCAUCUUUAAAUGUACGAAAGCACAAGCGUAUAGACAACCUCGAAUCUUAAAAUAAAAAGCCACAAAACUUCCAUUUCAUUUUCAUGGGGUCUUUAAAAGUGCCUUGAUUUAUCUCUUUCUCACCCCUUGUUUCGUGGAGAAAACACCCAGUGCAACAAUCAGAUGUGAUGUGCAAUAAUACUGAUUUGAAUCAAAGUCGCACCGAUUCACACUGUGAUUUGAAUCUGAGUCUGUGACGGACGGACCAGCAGAGCUUCUUCAAACACACACGCUGCAGCUCUCACUUUACUCCAAUGAAAAACCUUUUCUUCUUCUCCAGCCAUGUAGAGAUUACUGCUGUCACAUUAAAGUCUGAGUACUGGAUAACUGAGAGUCAACACCAAACCUGUCAAGAACAUGUUCAGUAAUAAAUUAAAUGUGUUUUUAGUUUUGCCUAAAUAAAAUUACAGUAAAUAGAAAUACUGUACACUCUGAAAAAUGUUGGUUUAUUUUCAACCCAGCAUUGGGAUAAAAAGGAUGAACCCAAACUGUUGGGUCGUAAUUUAACCUAUGCUGGGUUGUUUCAACCUAAAAUGCUGGGUUGUUUUAAAGCAACGCCAAAGAGUUUUUUUUACCUUAAAAUAACGUUUCCAAAAAAGUUUCAGUCAUUCAUCCACUAGAAACGAGGUGAACGGCACUUUCACAUUCGCUUUGCAGCCCUCUAUUGGCCAAAACCGCACUAAAAAAGUUUCCAACCGUCAGGUCGCGGUCCUGUAGUUCAAGUGAAAACUACAAAAAUUUGCUUUACGGCAGACCUACAAUCCAAUCAGAGCCAGCUUUGCUGCAGUAGGCUAAAUUAUUUACGACAGUUGACAAUUCCGCUUCCAACCUGUAGGGGGAGCAAAGAGCAAAAAGUCUUUAGUGUUGCUUUAACUCAUUUUUUGGACAAAUAUAAACCUUUUCUGGGUUAAUUUUACCCAAUGGAUAUAUUGUUAAAAAACAGAUGUGUAAAAAACGGGUUAAAGUCUUGCCAGCAGAGUUAAAAUUAAUUAAAGUACAGAAUAUUACCAUUAAUAAACACCCCUUAUACCCUAAAAAACUAAUCAUGAGUGUAAAAAAACAUAAAAAACAAUAACAUCUUUGAAUGGUAAAUCCCUGUAAAUUUACGGCGUUUAUCAGUUAGUUUAAAAAGCUGUUCUGUAGUUUUUACAGAAAUGUACUUUAAAAUUAAUGCUUUUAUAUAUAAUUUUAUAAUAAUUUUUUACAGGUUUGAGUACAGUUCACUCAUUAUAAAUGAGUUCAUUGUUCUGUACAAAUUGAAGCACAUCUUUUUACACAAAAUAAUUGUAAAAAUAAAUACAGUUAAAUACUACAAAUUUUCUGUUAAAGGAACAGUAUGUAGGAUUGUGGCCAAAACUGGUAUUGCAAUCACAAAACUGGUGGCCAGUACACAAAAUGACAACAUAAACAUCCACUUUUUAAAUGACAAAUAUCUUGCCCGGACCACUGUUGUCAGUGAUAUAAGUAAUUGAAAUGAAAAUGAUUUCUUAAUGUCUAGUGACAUAUCAGGACCAUUUUAUGAUUAAGUGAUAUACAUUUCUUACAUACUGUUCCUUUAAAAAACUUAAAAUGUAUGUCAAAAACUGAAAAAAAAGGUGUGUAGGUGUGUUUUUUAUCUGUAAUUUUAAUGGUAAAACAUUUAAUUACAGUAAUGUUUUAUAUCUGUAAAACAACAGACUCUACAGAGAAAUACUGUAAAAAAUACAGACAAUUGCCUGUAAAAUUAAUUUUUUAACAGUGUAGGUUUGUUCCUUUUUGACAUAACACUUGCUUAAAAACAACCCAGCAUUUUUUAAAUAAAGUAAAUCUAAAAAAGUUAAUCUUAAAAACCAAAAACUCAAAUACCAACUUGAUAAAUACUUUACAAAUAUUCACUGUAAAAAAUUGCUGUAAUUAUGCAGCUGGUUGCCAGUAACUUACUGUAGAACUGAAAAUGUUUCAUGUUCAUUUAACUUAGAAAAAAUCACUGAAAA